AUGUACUGGCUCACGAACCUUGCGCCUAUCGCCUGGAUCUGUGCUACAGCUCUCGCAGCUGCUGCCUCCAAGGGAGGUGUAUUAAAAAAGGGCAAUGUCUGCACAGUCACAGCUUUAGGAGGGAAGAGAGACGAUGUCCAGAACAUCCUUGAAGCAUUCUCGAGCUGUGGAAAACACGGCACCAUCAUCUUCCCCGAGGAUGAAAAUUACUGGAUUGCAACUAGACUCAAUCCUGUCGUCAGCAAUGUUGUAAUUGAAUGGCGUGGCGUGUGGACAUUCUCAGAUGAUUUCGACUACUGGCGCAAUAACUCAUAUCCGAUUGCCUUUCAAAACCACCAUGCUGGCUUUAUCCUAACUGGAGAUCAUAUUACCAUCAAGGGACAUGGAACUGGUCAGAUUUACGGCAACGGUAAUGCUUGGUAUAAUGCGGAACAAGCCGUCACACAGCCUGGAAGACCGAUGCCUUUUGUCUUUUGGAAUGUAUCAGAGGUCCUCGUGGAAGAUUUCACGGUCAAGGAUCCUCCUUUGUGGUCUCUUAACAUCAUGAAUGGAACAAAUAUGGUAUUCAACAAUAUCACAUGCAAUGCAACUGCCGUUAAUGCUCCAUAUGGCACGAACUGGGUGCAGAACACGGACGGUUUUGAUACUAUGGACGCAAACAAUAUCCAGCUGAAUGGUCUCACGUAUCAGGGUGGAGAUGACUGCAUCGCCAUUAAACCACGCUCAUAUAAUAUCCGAGUCUCGGAUGUAAAGUGUCAUGGAGGUAACGGCAUUGCUAUCGGUAGCCUUGGCCAGUACCUUGAGGACGCCUCAGUCAAGAACGUGGUAGUAGACAAUGUCGAGAUCAUUCGCUAUAACGAGGAUAUGCACAACUCGGCGUACAUCAAGACAUAUAUGGGCGGACGAGUCCCACAGAGCUCGUACGAGAGCGCCGGUUUGCCAAACGGCGGCGGUUGGGGUACAGUCGAGAAUAUCCUCUUCUCCAAUUUCCAUAUUCAAGGGGCCAAUACCGGUCCAGCCAUCACUCAAGACACCGGAGAUAAUGGUACUUUUAAAGGGACCAGCCUCAUGGCCAUCUCGAAUGUUGCCUUUGUCAACUUCACAGGCUACCUAAACAAUGUUGCGAACAACCGUAUCGCUUCGGUGUCUUGCUCGAAUGUUCAUCCGUGCUAUAACAUCGACUUCCAAAAUGUCAAACUCAAUCCUUCGCAGAAUGUUUCAGCGUACGGCAAUGUAAGCUGUUCAUAUAUUGAGUCGGGAGGUGUUCACGGUCUUCUUGGGUGUUGA